AUGUACCAACAACCGACUGCCGAAGAUUUCAGCGCUCUCCCUUUGGAGGAAUUGGAGAGACGGAUCAACGAAUUCAACAAGAGUCGGGACGAAAUCGUUAGUUUCUCUUUUUACUUCUCAAGUUCGAAUAAAUAUCGUUUCUUUUAGAUCGAGAACAUGCGUCGUAAUAAGCGUAAACUGGUGGAAAGCGGCGAAAUGACCACGGUUCGGUUUUUUUAAAUCAAAAGUAUUAAUCCUCUUAAUUCAGAAAAAGUAAUUUUUCAAACAUGUUAAGAAUGGACCAAUAGUUUGCUUCAUUUCAGUGUAUUGUCAUUUGAAACUUGAAAAUUAGAUUCUCGCGCCAAAAUUGUUUUUGAAAAUUUUCCCAUGACGCUUUGAGUCUUGUAUUCAAGAGGAAUGAAACAUUUUUCAUGUGGUCCAUUUUUGAGUGUUUUCAGACCUUUCUAUACAAUCUUCAUUCUUGAUGAAUGCACUAUACAUAUAAGAAAAGCCAAAACUAAAUCUGUCCAAAAACUCCAGGAGGAAUACGUCAAACGCUGCCGUCUGGACGAGAUGCCGCUCUACCUGAACCAGGAGGACAUGAACGCCUACUCGAUCGUUCUCUGGAAGAAGUCGGGCGAGGAGGAGGAAGAGCCGGAGCUGCUCAAACUGAUGGAGGAGGACAAGAGUCCGAGACCAAGGGGAGACUCUCUGUCAUCUUCCUCCUCUGAAGACGAGCUGUUCGAGGACGACGACGAGCUCUCGAUGGAGACGGACCUCGCGCCAAUGUCCCCACUAUCCUCCCCUACGCCCGAGCCAGCUUUCGACUUCCUCCCAAUCUUCUUCCCAUUUGCAAUCCCACCCAACAUGACACCCUUUUUCUCCGGAAUGGUACCUGUUACCACGGAACUUCUCACGGUAAUGGCUCAAACCGGAGUUCCUUUGAGUGAUGGAGCCUCUCUCCUUUCACAGGUUUUGGACAAUAUUGGCAUUGUACCAUUACUAGCUAAUACUAUUAAUAAUGUUCAACCCUAAGCCUUCAGCACCUGAUUUUCUUAUUUUCCCAUUUAUUUUUCUGUAUUUUUAAGUUAUUGAUACAUCUUCAUGUAUUCCCUUUCCGAAUUGAUUAUUUAUGAUAUAAUCUUCUUCCUGACCUCGCAAUUAAUUAUUUUAUUGUAAAAUUAUCCUCUCAUAUUUAUCAUGUAUUUUCUAUCUUUUCCUAUUCAUUUACGGGCUCAUCAUCUUGUCUUACGGAAUCUCGGGUUAAUAAUCCCCUUGGUUGAUAUUUCCUCACUCAUUCCCGGGUUCAUUAUCAUCAUGAUCUGCUGUAUUUCUUAUUUUUUAUUUUAAUAAACCGAUCACCUAAACUUUUCUUUAAAAGCAUUAAAAAUACACAUGAAAAAUGAAGACGUUGAAUAUCAAAGUUCUACAAAGAAGUUCAAUGAAAGAUCUUCAUCUCUGAAUAGAAAAAACUUUAAAAAUCAAAAGAAAAUCACAGAAAAAACAAAACAUUUGAUUAAAUAAUUGGGAGUUGAAUUCUGAAAAGUAUAAAGAAGCUAAUGGAACCCGGCUAUACAAAUGCAGGGAAAAAAAGCCUUCAAAAACUCGAAUUUUUACAGAAACUUGGAAAAAUUCUAAUAUUCACCUAGAAAAAUCGACAAGUUUCAGAACGAUUUUAGCUUCUGAAAAGAUUACUUCGAAAAGUAGCCCGAAAAUAAGUUCUCUUUUGAAAAAUUAAAAAUUGAAAGGUCAAAAUUAGUUCGUCAAAGCACCGAUAUUUGCUGUAAGUUGCUCGAAAUUCCCUUCGAUCAAAAUACCUCAAGACUACCUGUGAAAACUUUUAGUUUUGAAGAUAUGCCUUUUUGAAUCUUGUGAUUCACGCAUAUGACCAUAUUUUGAAUCAAAAAACAAAAAUUAGUCUCAUCAAGAAAUGAAACUUUCAGCUGCGGCCACGAUACAGCUAAACUUCGAUGAAAUGUGUUUCAGCUAAACUUCUUGAAUGGCGAAAGUUUUUUUUGAUUAAUAAACUUCUUCGAGCUUUCAGUUGUUAUCUUUUCGGAUCGAUCUUCACAAGGACGUUAGUUUUAGUUCAAAGUGUGUUGAAACUUUUCAUGAAUUCCAAAAUUGUUCAAAUUGUAGAUAAAUGUCACACAAAUCCAGCAUUACUACUAAAGCCAGGAAAAAAUUUGAAAAAUCGGAAACAAAAUUUCGAUGCGAGCUUAUCCAUAGUACAUUCACCAUGGGCUUGAGAAAAUAUUUCACUGAAAAUAUUAUUAGCGAAAGAGCAUGCAGAUAGAAGAGAUUUAGACAUAACUGUAGUAAAUUUCGUCUCAAGCUGGUCUUGAAUGGAAUGAAGUUUGGUAUUAUUCUUUAUAGCUAAUCCGAGGGAAUUUAGGUCGGUAUUCAAUAAGAGAAUGGCUCGAAUCGGAGAAACGAUAAAAACUGUUAAAUAAAUCGCUCCUUGAAGGAUCGUUGAACUUCUAUUCGCAUUCUUAUUAUGCGCAAAACGGCCCAAAACUGAUUUGAGAUUUAAUUUUUCCGGCUUCAAAAGUUCCGUAAUUUUGAACGCUUGAAAGUGAAAAAAGAGCUUUUCUGAUUAUAAUACAAUCGUCCUUAGUCUUUUCGAGCUCUCACAACUAGGAUGGGAUUUUUAUUUCCAACAUUUGUUUCGUGAGAAGUUCAAAAAAGCGAAAAUGUUGGAAAACUUCGUGGGGGCUUUCAAAGUCAUCUAGAUAGAAAAGAGAUUGGAGUUGUUGCAGCCACGUAUUCUCUUGAAAAAACAUUUUCCGUACAAUAAAACAUGUUCCUACACUUUUUGUUUUUCUGUUACUAUUUCAUGGUCUACGUCGUUUUGAAAAUUAGUAAAUACGAUUUCCACCAAUUAAUUUUACUCAGCGGUUGGAAAAUUCCUAAAAAUUGACCAGCCUUGACGUAGCAGAAAACGUUUGUGAAAGCUUCAACCAACACAAAUUCCUAGUUUUUGAGGAAUAAUGGCUCAAAACCCCUUAGUAGCCAAUUUAAACGGGUUUUGAAAGUUUUUCUUAACUUUGAGGUGCCCUCCAGGAAGUUGGACGGGUUGAGGCUUCUAGGACUUUUCUUUUCAUCUGGUUCAUUAAGUAGUGUUUUGGCCGAUUUUCAAGAAAAUCCCAACCGCAAAGUAAAAUGACCUUCUUUGCGAGUUAACCGAAAUGAAUAAAUAAAAGAGUGAGAUUAACACUUUCUUUUUGCAAAAACGGAAAGGAUGAGAGCUAAAUCCUCAAAUAAACGUCUGAAUCGAAGACCUAGGAGUUUCGGUGGUAUGAAAAAAAGACCAGCGAAAAUUCAAACGGCGACUUUUUCGACUUUUUUCCAUUAUGUUUUUUUGGUUUAUAAAACAUCUAUAAACAUUUUUUUCCUAUUUUUUUGUGUUCUAAUCAUGAAACAACUACCUACUUUAUAUAGGAAGAUUUAAAACGAAGAUUUUAACGAGAAAAAAAGUCGGAAACCGAUUCGUCGGAAAGGUGGCCGCCGGAAAGUUCCCUAGCGAUAUGAAAAAAAUCGGAAAAGUCGUUGUUCGAAUUUUGGCUGUCCUUUUUUCAUACCACCGGAUUUUUUUUUCAUUAUUGUGUUCUACUCGUGGGGAACGUCUUUGAAUAGAUUCCAACCUUUUAGGAUCUGUUAAUGUUUAAAAAAUAACUCAAACUGGAAUAAAUGGCUCCACAAGACCACAAGAUGAAGAAAAUACCCUAGAAAUCGAUGGAAUUUCGAAACACUUUUCAUAUUUUCAAAAAAAUUUCACACUUGAUAGUACCAAAAAAAAAGAGUUGGGUACCUAGAUUUUAUCGAUUUUCUCAAGAAAAUGGAUGUUUAGUGGAUCUGUGAAAAAUAAGAGGUCUUUUGAAGGUUGAGAAACAACAAAAAAAAGAGAAAAAAGGCGUACGUGUUAGGUGAAAUGAAAAUGUGGCUGAGGACCGACUUAUUUCGGGACAGAUAUGACUUUGCAGUUGCUGGUUAUUCUCUCGACUAUCAUUACCCUCAUUGUGGGAAGCGUGGGAUGCAAAAAGGUUGGUCUUUUCUCCUGGAAUUCCAGUUGAUUCGAUAAAAUUUCAGGCAUCUACAGAAAAGCCAAAUUUCCCCUCAGCUCCUGACGGUUUGUCUCAUCUUCUUUCUUCAAUGCCGUUUUCAAAGUGGUUUCGCGAAAUUCGGAACAGCCUUCGGACAGUGAGAAAGAUGACUGAAAUUCGAAGAGUCCGAAGAAAAUUUACAUUUCGCGAAAAUUACUUUGCACACGGCAUAAGUUGUGCACUGAAAAAAGCAAGAAAAUAGAUAAUCUGCUAUAGAGACAGAGUUGUGAUUUUCAAUUCAGAAGAAGUAAAAUUUUUAGAGAAUCUCCCAAAACCUAGCUGAGAAACACUUUGCUGUCUUUCAUUGUCAGUUUUGGAGAAAAAAAGGAACCAUUUUCAUUUUGGGUGGACGCUUACCUUCCCGGCCACAACCUCCUGAAGCCGAACCGUAUAACGUCUGAACGCCCCACAGAGAUCAAACAUCGUCAAAGUGUUUUCAAAAAAAGCCGUUUCUUCAGGCAAGCUGAAUAAAACGAGAAAAUGUUUUUCAGAUGAAAAUUUUGUUAAGCUACAGCUUCUUUGCGACUUCUCGAUAAAAUAGAACCGAUGGGAUAUAUAACCAGAAAUAUUUUAGGCGUUUCUCAAGUCUCUUCCAAGUGAAACAAAAAAUGUAAUAACUGACAAAUUAAUGAGGUGAAAUCAUUCGAAUUGCAUUAUCAUAAUACAAAUUUCAACAAAAAAAGAGGAGAAAUUUUUCAAAGAAAGAUAUUUUCUGAAGUCAAAAGUAGAAAAAUAUUCUCAGAUUCUUGAAAUUUCUUGAGAAUACGUCUUAUUUUUCUCACGGAUGCACUGAACAUGCAAUUUUUUUAAGAAAAAUCGAUGGAAAUCUAGGCACCCAACUCUUUUUUUAGUAUUAUUUUUUUCGAUUUUAUUUGUUUCUCAUAUUCGAUCGUGUCAAUCAGAAACACAAAGGCACCAACUAUCUCAAUUGUAACACCUCGAGGCGUUCCCUCGCCUAGAGCAAUUAUCACCUUCAAAGCAAACUUGAGCUUUUGCCGCGCGGGCGAGGGCCUGGGGACAAACAAAAGGUGCCAAAAAGAGGCGGAGUCGGGGGUCGGGUCAAGUCCCAAGCUCCUCAGACCUUCAUUCUGUCCCAACUUUGCUCUCCCGAGCGGUUGUCCAGUGUUCCCAUCUCACUCCAUUCGACCAUGUCCGCCGUCAAGAGAGACUUCGAGGAUUUCCACGGAGAAAUGUACGAAUCUUCGUACUUUCUCGAGAAUCCUCGAGUCCUCGAGACAGUCAAAGUCGAAUUCUCCGACAAUUUCCAAGAGCCGAUCGCUCAAGAAAUCGUGAGUUUUCUUUUUGAUUUUCAUUACUUUUCGUGUAUUUCUUUUCUAAUUUUCAAACUUCAAUUAUUUAUUUUCAGUCCGAGCACAAGAAGAAACGCCAAAACAAACGUAAAAUUGUGGAACAAAAACGAAAUCGUAAAGGUUGGUUAUUUAUAAUUUUUUCAAUCACAAAUUUCUACGUGUUCAAUAAUUUUGCUAAACGUAGCGUAUUUCUCAUUUCAUCAAAAACUGACUUUUUUGCAAAUACGUCUUCUUAUUUCUUUGAAACCGUUUCAAACUUCCCAUAAUCCGCAAAAGGUACUUUUUCAGCUGAUUUUAAAACAUUUCUAUCAUUUCUAAACAUUUUCAUACAUUGUACUAAUUUUUCAACAUUCUAGGUAAACGACAUCAAACGCAAUCGUCAAGGGAAAAAUCGGCCGGGUGAAGAGUUCGAGGAGUUCUACCGUAACAUGUACGAAACGUCGCACAUGUACGGUCCCAUCGUCAAGAAACCAAAAGUCGAGAUCAACAGCAAAAAGGUUUCUAUUCUCUUACUUUUUUUAAGAGCUAUUUUUGAACUUUUCUGUUAAAAAUCACACAUAAAAGAGUUGAAAGCGCGAAAAAAAUCUUGUGAAAAAAACUUGAAUUUCAUCAUGAAAUUCCAGGAAAGCGACGUCGUGGAAAAGAAGAAGACGGAGGGCGAGGAAUUCGAGGAUUUCUACCGAAACAUGUACGAAACGUCGUACAUGUUCGCCGAGCCAGCCGUCAAAAAAUCAGCCGGAGUCGAACUGAAAGAAGUCAAGAAGGUUUAUUUUUUUUCAUUUGAAAAAAUUCUUCCCAAAAGUUAAAAAUUGCGAGCAGAGAUGUCAUUUUUGAACUAGUUGAACUAGUUGCAAAUAAUUUUUCUAUUAAUGCUGAAACAGUUGUUCUAGCUUCAUUUUUUGAGAAACAGUGAAAAAAUAAUUAGAUUUUCCAAGUUUCUAUUUUAAGAUCUUCUUCCAGGAACACGACGUCACCCAAAAGAAGAAGACGGCAGGGCGAAGAAUUCGAGGAAUUUCUACAGGAACAUGUACGAAACGUCGUACAUGUUCGCAGGACCAGGCGCCGUGAAACCAGUUGAAGUCGAACUUAAAGAAGUCAAGAAGGUUCUUUUUCUACUAUUUUUUGUAAAAUUUGAUAAUCUUCUGUUUCUUGAGAUGCGCUUCUCUAAAUUCUUAAAAUCUUCUAUCCUAACUUGUGAUUUCAGGAAAGCGACGCCAGCGAAGAAGAGGAGCCGAAGGAGGAUUUCGAGACGUUCUACCGGAACAUGUACGAAUCUUCGUACAUGUUCCGGGAGCCCGCCGUCAGGAAUCCAGAAGCAGUCGAGUUCGUCAAGAGAUUUACAAACCGCAAUACUAGACAUGUGAGUUUCCCUCUUAAUAAUUUCACAAUCAAGUAUUCCUUUUCUAGGCAAACCGUGACAAACUCCCCAAAGUGAAGGAAGAAGAGCAGGAGUUCGAAGAAGACCACGAUCUCCCUCUGGACGUGGAUCUCCCGCCAAUGUCCCCUGUCCCGCCAACUCCCGAGCCCACCUUUGAUUUUACCCCAAUCUUCUUUCCAAAUCACACUCCAGUCGAUAUUGUGCCCCAUUUCCCUUCAAUGGUCCCCAUUACCACACAAGUCCUUUCAUAUAUCGCUCAAGCCGGAAUUCCCUUAAGUGACGCCUCUCCAUUCCUCGCCCAGUGGAUGUUUGAUCUUUGUUUAGUUAAGGACCCUAGUAAUUAA